AUGAAAUUGUCACAGGUUUCUGACGAUGAAAAGGGUUCUAAAAUGAAGGGUUCAAGUUGUUUCUUCACAAUAGGUCUUGUAGCAGCAUGGUACUCUUCCAACAUUGGUGUUCUUCUAUUGAACAAGUACUUGCUCAACAAUUAUGGAUUCAAUGCUUUUGAUGUUCAUCAAUUUACAAAUGGCAAUAGAAAAAAGGCUACAUGGAUGCAUGUUGGUGUUUCAAGUGUGGAUCCUCCUUUGAUGAAAUGCGAUGUAACUCAAACAUGUGUGGAUACAACUGAUGUUUUUGUAACUGGUCAAAAAUUUGCUACAAGAGAAGAGGCGAUAAGUUGGAUUAAGGAGGUUGGAAUUAGGAAUAAAGUGACAGUUAUAAUAACUCGUUCAGAUACCAAAACAAGCAAGAGAGGAAGAAGUGAUAAAUUAGUAUUUGGUUGUGAUAGACGUGGAAAAUACAAAAAAACAGAUAGCGAAACCCAAAGUGCUAGUAAGAGAUGUGGUUGUCCUUUCAAAAUUAGGUCAACACCAUCGAAAGAUGGUUCUGGAUGGAAGAUCGAUGUAAAAUGCGGAGUACACAACCACGGCUUACCUGAUAGAUUUGAAGGUCAUGCUUUCGUAAGUCGACUAAAUACAGAUGAUAAGCAACAUAUUGUUGAUUUGACAAAACGCCAUGUUCCACCAAGACACAUAUUAUUGUCAUUGCAAGAGCGUGACCCGGAGAAUGUCACUCGGAUCACGCAAAUAUACAAACAUAAGAGUAAGAUACAAAAAGACAUAAGGGGUCCCAGAACAGAAAUGCAACAAUUGCUAAAGUUAGUUGAAGAAUCGGGUUAUGUUUACUGGAGUAGGAAAAAGGAUGAGUCAGAAGUUGUGAGAGAUAUUUUCUGGGCUCAUCCAGAAUCAGUGAAGCUGUUGAAUAUGUUUCCUAUUGUAUUGAUUAUGGACUGCACAUACAAGACAAACAAGUACAGACAACCGUUGUUUGAAAUAGUUGGUAUGACAUCAACUAAAUUAACAUUUGAUGUUGCAUUUGCCUAUAUGGAUUCUGAGCAGACAGAGACUUUUUGUUGGGUAUUGGAUAAGUUGAAACAGUUGUUUAUCAAGCAGGAUGAUUGUCCUCAGGUAAUCUUGACUGAUAGAGAUCUUGCUUUAAUGAAAGCCAUUGAAACAGUAUUUCCAAAGACAACUAAUUUGCUUUGCCGAUUUCACAUCAACAAAAACGUGAAAUCAAAGUGUAAGGAACAUGUUGUGGAUGAUAUGCGAGAAAAUGUGGAGAAAAUGUGGUUUGAACUUACAAGGGCUAGUGAUGAGAUGGAGUAUCAUCAAAGGUUGAAACAACUUGAGGAUGCAUGUGUUGACUCCAAAGGUUUUAUUGAUUAUGUGAAUGAAACAUGGUUGACACCUCACAGACAUCGAUUUGUCGAAGCAUGGAUCAAUCAAGUGUUACAUUUGGGAAACACCACAACAAAUAGGGUGGAGUCUGCGCAUUGGAAACUUAAGCAAAUGUUAGAGAAUAGCUUAGGUGAUUUAUGCAAAUGUUGGGAGGCUAUGAAUGACAAUAUCAAGAUACAAGUGGGCAACAUUAGAGCUUCAUUUCAGAAGAGUUUUUAUGAAGUUGAGCAUGCACACACUAGUUAUUUUUAUUCAAAUUUGUGUGGUUCAGUAUCAAGAGCUGCAUUGAGGCAGAUUGCUGAAGAGUGGUUGAGGAUUGACAUGGUAGGUACCGAUACGCAAAAGUGCGGAUGUACUCAUAGAAAAGUAUUUGGGUUACCAUGUGCUUGUGAGUUAGGGAGAUAUACAUUGAGUUGUGAUGCUAUACCAAUUGAGGCUAUUCAUAUUCAUUGGAGGAAACUAAGUAUGGAAGGAAAUCAAGAUAUAGAUGCAGAUGAUGGAUCAAAAAUAGACAUGACAAAUGCAAUCGACGAAAUUUGGAAAAGGUGGAAGUCAUUAGAUGUUGUAGGAAAAAGAGCAUUAAAAAGCAGAGUGUGUGAGAUUGCUUAUCCGACUACAACAAAGAUGUGUCCACCGCCUGAAAAAAUUAAAACCAAAGGAGGGGUUAAGAAGAAAGGGAAGAGACAUGUGGGAUAUGAUGUUUAUCGUGAUCCUUCAGGAUAUGAGUAUGUUGAUCAAGCACAUUCGAGUUCUCAAAAAUCUUCAAAGAGGUUAUAUUCACAACUAUCCCAAACCUCAAAAAAUAGAGAAUUUGAUAAAUACAUUGUAUAA